AUGGCUCAAGACCCUAAUUUGACUUUGCCAAUAGCUAAAGUUGAGGGCUUUGCCAUCCCACCUGCUCCUGAGCUCCCUGAAAUUUUAAACAUUGAUCUACUAAGCUCUACUCCUUUAGGAGCUCCUACAGCUGAGCUGCUAGACUCUUCUCUUUUGGAAACAUCAACAGCCAAGCUGCCAGGCUCUUCUCUACUU